AUGUCAACUACCAAGGCUACUACCCUCCCACCGACUGAUAGUCAUAACUCGGACAUUAUUGAGGAUGACUCAACACCUCAUGAUCCUCAGGAUGAAGAGAAUAAGAUAACAGAUGAGCCAGCAGCAGUAGCAGCAGCAGAAGCCCUGGAUGAGGAGAUACUCGAGAAGGAUGAGACGUCGGAGGGCCGUCGUAUAAUAAUCCACGUUGAUGUGCCGUCUGUGAUGCAUCGACCUGCCUCGGCUAGAGGCUAUACUACCGACCUAAUGGCACAAGAUGAAGAACAGUCAGCAGCAGCAGCAGUGAAAGAGGAGGAGAAGAACCCUCAACCUGAUGGCACUGACACCGUCUUGAUCACAUAUAUGGACUAUCUCAACAUGAGGUACGGGGAAGAGGAGGAAGUCUCUCAUAAUGAUGAUGGUGAGGGCGAUGGUGGAAUACAUGGAGGUGAAGAGACCAAGGGGAAAGAGGAUAUCAUUAACGAGUUACUCCUGGAGUUCACUAGCAAGAAAAGCUCACCUGGUGCCAAGCUGAGGGCUGAAUUCGAUCAGAUCAUCAAAUGCCUUUCCUUGCCUUUACCCGUGCGCAAGGGUUUAGGCUUACCAAGCAAAGUCAAUAUUAGGCAGAAUGAUGCUGAUUCCAGUGUGGAUACAGGGAGUACUGGAACGAAGGGGAGCGGGAUGUUCAGGUAUGGCCUCUAUAACCUACUCCCUAGCUUCCUCAACAUGAUUAUCGACUUCGCACAUACUGCACGGGACUUUGCUAUAGUCCUACGAGACACCAUGCCGAUCGAUGGGGAUGAUGAUGAUGAUCCUACAUCCCUCUUGACAGAGGACGCAGCCUCUGUGGUGGAGGAGUUACAGUUAUUGACUGAGGGAAAGCAUCCAGUGUACUGUGGCAAAUACAAGACUAGGAAGAUAGUCAUGGAUGGUACCGCCCCACAAAGCAUCGUACCCACUGAGUAUAGGGGAUAUUCCGAGGUAUAUGCUGGUCUAGUACACGAGAUGCUACCAGAGGGCCGUAUAAUAAGCAUAAUCGAGAGACCGAUGAUGAGCACAACAGAUGACAGUGAUACCCGUCCUCCUCCACGAGAGGUACUCAUCAAUCCAGCUGACACCAAUAUACAGCACAUCUACAUAACGGCAGAUCCUACAUCGGUUACAGUGAUGGAUGUACUCUCCAACACCUAUCGUGCCACAACCCAAUCCAACUAUUUCAAAGACCUAGUCCAGGAGGCCAUUGCUAGGCAUACUACACAGGUUGCCUUGGGGACUCGCCAUUGUUGCAUCUCAGUGACCAGUCUACCUCAGCUCCGUAUUGAUAAAGAAGUGGACAUGAAGGCCCCUGUACACCGGCAGGAAUCGAUAAUGCAACUCACUCCACGUAGCUAUCUGAGGAAGAGAGUACUGCCUGUAUUGGCACCAGCCAUCAAUGAGGCAGCGAGAGAUAGACCUGAGGAUCCUGCCACAUACAUAGCUAUGUAUAUGCUGAAACAUAGGCAUGGAUACAAUAAGGUUAUCGAGAUCAACAGUCAGCACUCGAUGUCUUAA